AGUUCCCUAAUCAAUACUUUUUUUUCAAUUUUCUUUCCACAACAAAUCAAAACAAAACAACACAAAUCAUAUUACAGUUUACAGUUUACCCAAGGCAACAGCCACUUUUCCACAAAACAAACAAACAAACAAAUUAGAAUGGCAACAGUUUACUGGGCGACAGAAAGCGAAGUCAUGCUUGAGUGUAAUACAAGCCAAUAAACACCUGACGGGGAACUGUGGUGAAGACUUUGCAGUUGAUUGCGGCUGGAUUGUUUGCCCCAAUGAAGUGGGCCUCUCUUUAUAACUCCCUCUUCUCAACUGCGCUCUGUUUAACUUCCGCCUAGGAGAAAAGAAGCAGGCAACUGAAAAGCAUCCAAGUAACCAACCGAUCAUCUCAUGUUCCCAAAGUUAAUCUAUUGUUCAUUCUAUCCCAACAGUGUCAUUCACUCAUAAUUAAUCUACUUAACUUGCCCUUUUCAAUCUCAAACUAUAACUUUUAAUUCCUCCAUUUUUGAAUCAUUUGGCCUGAUUUAUUGGGAAAAAAAACUGUUUUCGUCCCAAAUUAAUUUUUCUUAUCAAAUUGAUUAAUACACAAUCUUCAAUUAUUGAUCCCAAUCUUUGAGUGUUUUGAGUGAUUAUUGAGAAAGGAAGACCAAAAAUGGGCAAAUUUAGACUGACGGUUUUACUGCGAGAACCGACUGAAGACAACAACCGGCCAUGUGUCACCACAUCUUCUCAUCAUCACAUUCCGAAGACAAGGUCCCCCCGAACAGUAGAGAGACGGAAGGAGAAGAUACGACAGAUGAUGGAGAACGACUUUGAAGAGAACCUGUUCCACGUGAAGAAUCUGACCGCCAAGAAGUGUGUCAAGUUCUUCGGCACCCCCCACAUACCCCUGGAUAAAUUGCCGCCCCUGGAUCCCACCUCGCUUCCCCUGACCAAUGCUGCUGCCGAAAGUGCAGCUGUUCGUGCUCCUAUACACAAAACGAGUAAUGGCAGCACAGCCCCAAGUGCAGACGAUAAAAACAACAACAACAGUAAGGGUCGCCGCCCCUCGCCCGCUGGAGUUGAGAGCAGGGGGUUGUGUCUGGGCUGUAACUACCCGAUAGAGGCGCACCAGGAGGCAGCAGACCAAGUGAGCAUCCGACCAUGGACCAGAGACACUCUGCGAUGGAGGGAGAACUUCUGCAUCUACAACGUGGAGAAGUGCAUGCUGGGAAGACUGCGGUUCCUGAACGAGGUGGAGAAUAUAGACAAGCUGGCCAACUUCGCAGUGAUGGCCAACAACACCAGUCCAGGCACAGUUGUGAGGGAGGUGCUGAUGAAGAGGUUCCAGCUGGACAGACACAUUCCCAAUCUGGUCAUCUCUUUCGCUGGCAGCCACCAUAGGGUCCAGAUCACAGAAGACAGACAGGUCCAGAGGUUCAAGCAGGGCUUCCUGAAUGCGGCGACCUCGACCAAGUGCUGGAUUCUGACGGGGGGCACUACACUGGGGAUAGACGGGUACAUCACAGACUUGUUGAGUGAGAGGAUCUACCAGGAGUGGAUAGGAGUGGUGAAGAGCACCUUCCAACUCAUAGGCAUCGCCAACUGGAACUGUGUGGACCAACACGAACACAUUCUACAGUGGUAUCUGAAGAGACGCUGGGCGAUGGAGGAGGGUCUGCUGCCCCCCACGAAGAGAAGCAGGCGGGGUUCUGAGAAGAAGAAGGGGUCGUCCUGGAACAAGUCCUCCUCAUCAUCCUCCAAUGACCACAACCCCUCCUCCCCCCGCCCCCACUCCCAAUCUGGGGGGUCUACCAGGACUGCUAGUGUUAGAUCACCCCAACAACAAGCCUACAAUUACAGGUGUCGUGCGACCCGUGCGUGUCCGCGGGACAGACUGCAGAAGUACUCCUACCCCCUGAACCCCCACAACAGCCAUCUCAUCCUCGCAGACUGUGGGGUGAGGGACAAGGCCAAACACGAAGUGGGCAUGCGCUGUGACAUCGAGACAUUCAUCUCACACAGCAAUGGACUCAACACUCCUCUAGUACUCAUUCUAGUGGGCGGGGAGUACGACUGCUUCGAGCGGGCGGCGCGUGCCCUGGCCAACGGGAUCCCUGUGGUGGUGUGUGAGGGGAGUGGGGAUGCAGCGGACAUCCUGACAUUGGCAAUGAGACUGCACGCCACCAACAGCAGACACUCACACGCACACACACUCACCGCUCUUCAGUGCCACAAACUGGCGGCCAUCAUGGAGAGAAA